CAUGGUAUAUGAGAAGUCGGAGUGACUUUUCUCCAGAACAAUAAUGGCCACGUACUCUCGGCUCCCGGGAUCCGUUGCUCUGAUAACGCUUCAGAAUCCACCUGUCAACGCGCUCAGUGCAGCGGUGCGACAGGGCAUAGUAGAUACGGUGCAGAGGGCCCUGAAGGACCCAAAGGUGACAUCUGUAGUGAUCUGUGGACAGAAUGGGAAGUUCUGUGGAGGGGCGGACAUCAGGGAGUUUGCGGGGCCGAUGUUGGGGCCCCCCCUGGUGCCCAUGAUCCAUGCUAUUGAGGCUGUGGACAAGCCUGUGGCGGCAGCCAUCGAGGGAGUAGCACUGGGAGGAGGACUGGAGUUAGCACUGGGCUGCCACUAUCGCAUUGCACACUCCAAGGCCCUUCUAGGACUUCCAGAGGUGACCCUGGGUCUGCUGCCAGGCGCAGGGGGGUCACAACGUCUACCCAGACUCAUAGGGUUAACAGCCGCCCUGGACCUCAUCACUACAGGUCGCCAUAUCUCUGCUGCUGAGGCCCUGAAGCUGGGGAUCCUAGAUCAGGUUACCGAUAACAACGUUGUGGACCAGGCCGUGGAGUUCGUCCGGAGAGUUGCAGGCCAGCCCCUGGACUCCCGUCGUCUGAGCACCCUGCCCUGCCCCCCGGACGUUGACUCCCUCUUGGACAAAGCCAUGGUCAAGGUCCGGCAGCGCUCCCGAGGUGCCCUGGCUCCGGUGGCCUGUGUUCAGGCUCUGAUGGCGGCUGCCUCCCUACCUUACACCCAGGGUAUGGAGAAGGAGAGGGAGCUGCUGACCACCCUGUUCAACAGCGGCCAGGCCCGAGCUCUGCAGUAUGCCUUCUUCUCCCAGAGGGUGGUGGGGAAGUGGAGUCUGCCUAGUGGGGCGAGCUGGGACAACAGCGCUGCCAGGCCCAUCAGCAAAGCUGCUGUUAUUGGUCUGGGUACCAUGGGGCGUGGCAUCGUUGUGGCACUGGCUCUGACGGGCAUCUCUGUGGUUGCCGUGGAGACCCAAGAGAAGCAGCUGGCAGAGGCCAGUCAGGCGGUUCCGGCGAUGCUGCAGAGAGAGGCGGGGCGGCGAGGCUUGGCCACACCCCCAGGGGUUAUCUCCUUCAGCUCUAACUUGCAGGACGUUAGUGAGGUGGAGUUGGUGAUCGAGGCGGUGUUUGAGGACAUGUCCCUGAAGCUGCAGGUGUUUAGGCAUCUGACCUCUGUGUGUAGACCUGGGACCCUGCUCUGCUCCAACACCUCUGGCUUGGACAUCGACCAGCUAGCUGCCGUCACCCAGAGCCCUGGCCUGGUGGUGGGGAUGCACUUCUUUGCUCCGGCCCACGUCAUGAAGCUGCUGGAGGUGGUGUAUGGUCCGCGGUCAUCUCCGGAGGCGGUCGCCACGGCAAUGCAGCUGGGCAAGAGGAUGGGGAAAGUCAGCGUCGCCGUGGGCAACUGUCCGGGGUUUGUGGGUAACCGGAUGUUGAAGCCGUACCUGGAACAGGCCAACUUCCUGUUGGAGGAAGGAGCCACGCCCCAGCAGGUGGACGAGGCGCUGGAGGAGUUUGGAUUCCCCAUGGGCGUGUUCCGGAUGUCUGACCUAUCAGGGCUGGAUGUGGGCUGGAGGAUCAGGAAGGAGGCGGGGCUUACAGGGCCAGGGGUGGAGUCAACCAGGACACGCCAGGGCCGACGGUACAGCCCGCUACCUGACCAGGUGUGUGAGGCAGGCCGGCUGGGCCAGAAGACGGGGAGGGGAUGGUACCAGUAUGACGGGCCUGGAGGCAGGGUGGCGCGGUCCGACCCCUGGGUGCACAUCUUCCUGGAGGCUUACAGGGCGGAGCAUGACCUGGUGGCCCGGAGCAUCGCCCCGGAGGAGAUCCUAGAACGCUGUCUCUACGCUCUGAUCAAUGAAGGCUUCAACAUCCUGCAGGAUGCCAUGGCCGCCGGGCCGGAAGACAUCGACGCCAUCUAUGUGUUUGGGUACGGCUGGCCCCGGCACCACGGGGGACCCAUGUUCCAUGCAGGCCAGGUGGGAUUGGGCAGGAUCCUGGAGAGGCUGCAGCACCACCACCACAACCACCCUGACGUGCCUCAUCUGAAGCCCAGCACGCUGCUGCGGAGGCUGGUCGCAGUGGGAAGUCCUCCGGUCCAGAAGUGGAGAGAGUUCAUCAACAAAGAAAGAGUCCACAGUCAGCUCUGAGAUGCCCCAGUCUCACCUGCAACCCUGUGAUCUAAUAAUAAAGUCGCACAUUAGAGAUACGCCCAGGGAUUUAUAGGGGGAUUUAUAGGGGGAUUUAUAGGGGGAUUUAUAGGGGGAUUUAUAGGGGGAUUUAUAGGGGAUUUAUAGGGGGAUUUAUAGGGGGAUUUAUAGGGGGAUUUAUAGGGGGAUUUAUAGGGGAUUUAUAGGGGGAUUUCUAGGGGGAUUUAUAGGGGGAUUUAUAGGGGGAUUUAUAGGGGGAUUUAUAGGGGAUUUAUAGUGUGAUUUCUAGGGGAUUUCUAGGGGGAUUUAUAGUGUGAUUUCUAGGGGAUUUCUAGGGGGAUUUAUAGUGUGAUUUCUAGGGGAUUUCUAGGGGGAUUUAUAGUGUGAUUUCUAGGGGAUUUCUAGGGGGAUUUCUAGGGGGAUUUAUAGUGUGAUUUCUAGGGGGAUUUAUAGUGUGAUUUCUAGGGGGAUUUAUAGUGUGAUUUCUAGGGGGAUUUAUAGUGUGAUUUCUAGGGGAUUUCUAGGGGGAUUUAUAGUGUGAUUUCUAGGGGAUUUCUAGGGGGAUUUAUAGUGUGAUUUCUAGGGGAUUUCUAGGGGGAUUUCUAGGGGGAUUUAUAGUGUGAUUUCUAGGGGGAUUUAUAGUGUGAUUUCUAGGGGGAUUUAUAGUGUGAUUUCUAGGGUGAUUUCUCGGGGGGUUUCUAGGGGGAUUUAUAGUGUGAUUUCUAGGGUGAUUUCUCGGGGGAUUUCUAGGGGGAUUUAUAGUGUGAUUUCUAGGGUGAUUUCUCGGGGGAUUUCUAGUGUGAUUUCUAGGGUAUCAGUGCCUUCCCCACCAUCAGCAUGUGUGCCAAGUAUCUUAGGAAAUGUGAUCUACUGUAAUAAAUACAUUUUCUGUAAUACAUUUUCUCAUGCUUUCAAAAUAAUACCCACUGACACAUUUAUGGAGGGUUGGUUUUGUAUUGUGUUUAAUUGGGGUAAGUUGGCUUAAUAUUUGACUAGAUUUAGCUGAACAGAGAAUUGUGUAUUUUGACAAGUCAUACUCACUCAUAACUUAAUAGUGUUUUCCACAUCAGUGGGGUUUAGCCUUUGGCUGUUGGCAUUUCAUUCACCCUCCUGUCAAAAUUAAUUAACCAGACAUUAUUCUGCCUUUACCGGGGUGGAGAGAGGUCCUGAUGCAGACUGAAUCUGCAACCAGGCCUUUGUCUCUUAUCCGUGGAGAACCAGCCUAAUCGCUGGCUCAAUUCAAUCAAAACCUGUGUUUGCUCUUUUUCCAAUGGUCAAAUGAACUCACAGACUGGUCUUAGGCACUGUGUAAAAACCUACAACUACUACCAGGGUGACCCCACCCCCCAUCAGGUAUGCUUUGACUUUUCAGAAUUAGAAGUGUGUGGGAUGAAUAUUGUAAAUAAAGACAUUGCUAUGGCUGGUUUGAAUGAA